GUGCUGCUCAACAUGGCGGCGCCCUGCUGGGAUCAACAGGUGUCCACGAUGUCCAGUCAGCAGGUGAGUAUCACUGAGCUCCUGCUCUCAUUGGACAGUCCAGAGCUGCAGGAGGCGGAGCAAGUCAGAGCAGCAGUCAAUCAGCAGCUGAGCACAGACAGAGGAGGUGCUGUUCUCUCCUCUCUGGUGGACUCGUACCUGGACUCCUCCUCCUCUCAGGUGCUGCUCCUCCUGUCCUCCAUCAGAGAGCCGCAUCACAAGCUGCUGCUGGAGAAGCUGAACGAGGCCCUGAACAGACCAGGAUCCAGAGUGUCUGGUCUGACUCUGCUGGGUCACCUGAUCAGGAAACAGCCUCCGUGGGUUCAUCACAUCAGCCGCUCGGCUCUGCUGCUGUCUCUGCUGCGCUGCCUCAAGACGGAGACAGACGUGGUGGUCCUGAUCACCGGAGUCCUGGUCCUCAUCACCCUGUUACCCAUGAUCCCUCAGGCCGGCAAGACGCACAUCUACGACUUCUUUGACGUGUUCGGACGCCUCGCACACUGGAGCUACAGGAACCCUGGUCACGUACCGGUGGUCCACCUGGUCCACCUCCAUGCAGGUGUGUACUCUCUGUUCCACCGGCUCUAUGGGAUGUUCCCCUGUAACUUCAUCUCCUACCUGAGGCUCCACUACAGCAUGAAGGAGAACCUGGACACCUUCCAGGAGGUCGUCAAGCCAAUGUUGGAACAUGUCAGGGUUCACCCAGAGUUGGUCACAGGGACUCAGGACUAUGAACUGGACCCGUCCAGGUGGAGGUGUUAUGAAGUCCAUGACAUCAUGAUUGAGUGUUCCAGAGUGUCUCUGGAUCCUCUGGAGUCGUCCUGUGAGGAGGACAUGUACUCCUCCAUCAGAGACCCUCCCCCACCCUCCCCCCUCCCUCACCUCAACCUCACCUCCAGUCCUCACAACACAGAGACUGUCAGCACACACACCUGGAGCUCAGGAAGUUCAGUUUGUCCUCAGCUGCUGUCUGAACGUCUGACUCUAAAUCAGCUGACACUCAACAGCUCCUACAUACAGUGUGUUCAGGCUGAUGAUGUCACAUGGAGUCCCUCCUCACAGUGUGGUUUGUCGACGCCCCCUCCUGAACCUGCUGCCACAGGCUCCGCCCCCCCACUCAGCAGGACCACCUCCAUCUCAGGUGUGAAAUGUCCCUCAUCAGCCACCGUCCCAGCGCCGCCGCUGACUGAAGAAAACCAAGAUGGCGGUCACAACAACGACCAGGUGAAGCUGGUCACAGAGGUGGAGGGAAGCAGCCAGAGUGAUGUCAUCAAUAACCUCGGAGAAGACGUCCGACCCCAGCAGCCCCCCUCCCCCUCCUCCUCCCCCCUCUCAGCCGGUCCUCCUCACCUCCACCCCCGUCAUGAGGAGCCCUCCUCAGGUUCAGUGCUCCUCUCUCCUCCCUGCUCCAUCUCACUCUGCUACCCCCCUCACCUCUCCUCCUCCACUCAGAGAUCAGAUGAGGGAGGCUCCGCCCCCUCUGGUCAAAGCCCCGCCCCUCAGUACGAGCCUCUGUUUGAGCUCGCUCUCCCACGAGCCGCCACGCUCUUCAUCGGGAGGAUGACUCAGGAGGCGCUGGAGAGAGCAGCAAGGGAGCAGGCGACGGGAGGACGAGGAGGAGAGGAGGAGGAGAGGGAGGAGGAGCAGACCUCUGUCUCUCCUCUGGAGGUUUUGGAUCAGCUGAUUGUCCACGGACACGAUGCCCACCAACACCUGAGCAGAAGGUAUUCAGCAGGGAAUAAGUCGUUGGAUCGGAGUCAUUUAGGAGGUAAACAGCAGAGCAUGAAAACCAAAGGCCCCGCCCAGGGGGAGGAGCUUCAGUCCCUGAGGAGUCAGAUGUUAUUGGUCCACGGUCAGCUGCAGUACGAACGCUUCAAACGUCAACAGCACGCCGUAAGGAACCGCCGUCUGCUGCGGAGGGUCAUCAACGCCACCGCGCUGGAGGAGCACGUGGUUGCCAUGAAAGGUCAGCUGAGCGUUCAGGACGAAGAGAUUCGCUCUCUGAAGUCGAGUCUGCAGGAAGAACAGAGGCGAUACACACAUCUGCAGCAGGACACGCACACACACACCAGCCAGCUGCACACACACAACCAACAGCUGCUGCUGCAACGACAGGACGAGCUCCGGGACAAGCAGAGGCUCAAGAGCGAGCUUGAGGAGUGUCAGAGCAGGUUGAAGGACCUGGAGGCGGAGCUUCAGAAAGCCAAUAACAAGGCUUACAAUGCAGAACACCAGCUGACCCAGCUGUCACUCAAGCUGUGCAGCAGUGAGCAGCUGCAGCAGCAGAUCUUCCUGUUGAACCAGCAGCUCGUCCUGCUGAGAGAAACUAACAGAGCUCUGAGAGAACAGCUGGAUGGAGGAGAGACACACCGCCACACUGAGGCGUCCAUGCUGCAGUGCAGUGUGGGUAAGGAGUACCAGCGGCUGAAGGACAGUGACGUCCAGCAGAGACAGAAGCUGGAAGCAGCCAAUCACAGGACAGCAGAGCUGGAGAGCCAGCUGGCCAAGAAAGACCAGCUGAUCCUGGAUCAGAAGAAACUGCUGGAGGACACCAAGACCCAGAGCAGAGGCGAGCUGGCGGCGUGUGAGAGUCGCUGUGGGUCUCUGAGGAGGAUCACUCAGACGCUGCAGACGGAGACGCUGCACCUGUACAGCCAGAUCCACCUGGACGCACACAGGCCUCUGGACCUCAGGUCUAAUGGCAGCAGCGUUGCCUUACCAGCUCCUCAGGGUAGCCACAAGCCCCGCCCCUUCUCUUCUUCUGUUGGUAUAAUCAACGGAGCCGCGGAGACAAUGUCCACCUCCCCCUUGCACCUCCCCUUCUGCUCCUCCUCCCCCCUCUCCCUCUCCCCUAUCGACUCCCCCCUGGCCGUCGGCUCCUUCCUGGAGCAGCGUGCACGGCAGCUGUUCAGACCGACCAAUCACAGCCAGGAGGAGGAGCAGCAGGAGGGGGAGGAGGAGGAGGAAGAGGAGGAGGAGGUAGAGGAGGAGCAGGAGGAGGAGGAGCAUGAGGCUCAUCCAGAUAGCCCUCCUCUAGCUCAGGAGGCAGAGAUCCUCCUCUCAGCGAGUCCUCAGGCGGAGCCCCUGAUCCGGGCUUCAGCUCACAGCCAGACCUCCUCCGGACCUCCUGCACCUCCUGCACCUCCUGCUGACCUGACGCUCGCUGUCCGACAGAGGAGGCACGAACUCAGCAUCAUGGACUACGACGAGACGCUGCCCGAGUACUGAGGGAGAUGCUGAUGGAGGGAUGAUAGAGGGAUGAUGGAGGGAUGAUGAGUCAGAUGGAGGUGGAGAUAAAAGCACCUGCUCCAGGUGUUAGCAGGCUACCGCUAACUAGCUAGCGGCGCUAACAGUCCACAGUCACUAUCUGAUCCUAACCAGGUCAGGACCUUCAGUCGCCCUCCAUGAUAAAAUAAUAAACUAAAUGAAAACACAGUGAACACAAUCUGUUACAAGGAAAGCUUUCAAUGAGACAGAGCAGAAAAAAAAGCUUUCUUUUAAUUUGUACUAUUCCAGAAGCUAUAGCUAACAGCUAACAUGCUAUGCUACGCACUUUGUGUGAGGUUUAUAUCAAAUAGCAAGCUUUCAAGAAUCUACAACUGUGGCACGUGAUGCUCAAAUUAGCUUUUAAGCUAACUAACAUUCAGAACGUUGUUGCUAAUGAGCUAAUGUUGGUUAGCUAGCAGAGUUAAUGUUAGCUAGCAACAAAACUACCAGGCCGAUAUUAUUAGUGCCAGAAAAAGACUCUUAUAGUUCUUAAGUUAAACAUAUUUAUUUGGUCAAAUGACUGCUUCAGAGGUU